AUGCACAAUGAAACUUACAGUGGAGAAGCUGGAAAUGUGGAGGACAAUGUGAAGGCUACACUUCUUCAAAUGGAGGAGUUUGAAGAGUGUGAAUCUGAGAAAGAAGGCGAAGGUCUUGAUGACUAUAUCAGGAGUACUUGGCUUUUCAUUAUAUUGCUUCACAACCACUGGGUAUUCGACGACGGUCAAUGUGAUGUGAAUGCGCAGUAUUUACUUUUAUCCACAGAUUUGGCGGAUUUCAAUGAGUUAUUUGUAGUUAGUCGACAUAUGUGA